UACUAGAAAAAAUCUAACGGUAUACAAUGUAAAAGCUGAGAGAACUUAUCCUGAUUCAGCUAAGCUAUUAUAUCCUAGCAGGAGUUCAGCACCCCUAAGUUAUUACAUGUUGGAGGGGAAGCUACCUAUAAAAGCAUUUGUUUCAUUUUCUGUUCUUUCAUUUCAGUUAAGAUCUUUGAUCGUACCUUUACCAUAUUAAAAAAAGAAAUUCAAAUAAAAAAUCAACAUUAAGUAAACGACAUUUUGUUAGAAUGUUUGCGAUAUUUUUUCUCAUGAACGCACUAAUUUUUACUAACUGCAUUAUUGCUCAAGUAACAGACGAUGAAAACUGUGAAACAUUGCAAUCAGAAGUACAUAUUACAAAGGACGAAUACGAUGAAAUAGGACGUCUAAAAAGAACAUGUAGCGGAGAUGUAUCUGUUACGAAAUGCGAAGGAUUUUGUAAUUCACAGGUACAACCAAGUGUUGCAAGUACUACAGGAUUUUCAAAGGAAUGCUACUGCUGCCGAGAAAGUUAUUUAAAGGAAAGGCACAUUACUUUACGUCAUUGUUAUGAUGCAGAUGGUAUAAAAUUAAUGAACGAAGAAGAUGGAAUAAUGGAAAUCAAAAUACGAGAACCAGCGGAAUGUAGAUGUAUUAAAUGCGCAAUUAUCGGUGUUGAUGAAUGCCAAGCGACUCCAGUCAUUCACUUUUUACAAUAUCCAGGAUGUAUUCCUAAACCAAUUCCUAGUUAUGCAUGUAGGGGUCGCUGCAGCAGCUACCUACAGGUGUCUGGAUCAAAAAUUUGGCAAAUGGAGAGGAGCUGCAUGUGUUGUCAAGAAAGCGGCGAGAGGGAGGCCAGUGUAUCCUUAUUUUGUCCAAGGGCCAAACCAGGCGAAAAAAAGUUCCGAAAGGUAAUUACCAAAGCACCCUUGGAAUGUAUGUGUAGACCAUGCACCAGUGUGGAAGAAUAUGCAAUUAUUCCUCAAGAAAUCGCUGGAUUUGCUGACGAAGGUCCCUUCACAACUUCUGCACAUUUUAGAAGAUCCUCUGAUUUACAAUAACUAUAUCAUCUAAUUUCAUGUUAAAUACAUUAAAUCAAAAAAAAAUUAUAAACAUGAAGUUGCUUAAUUUGUGAACAUGAUAAAAGUAUAAAUAAAUUAAGAAUAUAUUUAAUAAAAAAUUUAAUAUAUAUUUUUUUGAUAUAUGUAUAAAGCAUCAUUGCAAUAAUAGCAAAAUAUAUUAUUUUAUUUUCUACUUUUUGCAGGCAAUCUUUCUAUAUAAUAACUAUUUAAUGAACAUAUUUAUUUAUUUAUUAUUUAUUUGACAAUUUUCAAUAAGAAAAACUUAAAGAUAAUUUGAAAAAGAAUUGUAAAAAUUUGUAAUUAAUAUUUUGGUGGAUGCAUAUCAGAGAAGUCUUAUUUGUUUGUUAUAAAUAAUUUCAGUUAUAUUACAUACAUAUAAAAUAACUACAUUGUAAUAAAUGUACAAUAUAGGAUAUUACACGUUUAGUGUUUUAAAAAUGCGUAUUUAUGCAAUACGUUACAGUAUGAUUAUAAUUAUUGCAUCUUAAAGUAAUAUUGUAAAUCAUUACAUCCUGUCAAGUAUACAUUAUCUACAGUUCAUUUUUUCUUUUCUCUUGUUAGUACUUAUCAGAUAUUAACGUUCAAAUUUGAGUAAACUUCUUUCGAAAUCGUGUGUAUGUAACUCAUUUAUUACUGCACGUAUUUCAUUUAUAAUUACGCGAAAACAAUAUUACACAAAAAUAUAUAUGUAGAUAACCGAUUUACUGUUUUUCUUCACCAUUGUGACCUAUGCAUCUAGACAGGCAUAUAUUCAAGAAAAUAAUCAACAACAGUUUCACAUGGAGUUCUUUUUUAUUUUUUUAUUUUUUUUUAUUUUUUUAAAUUUUUUUAAAUUUUUCGUAUAGAUAUGAUUUAUCAUAGAAGUGUACGUGUGUAUCUGUGUAUGGUGUAUUGGAGCUUUCGGUGAUAUUUUAUUUAUAUUAUGUAUAUGUAUAUUAAUGUAUUACGUAAGUACACGCAGAUAUAUGUAUAAAUUAGCAAUAUACAUGCGUGUCCAUACGUGAACUAUGAGCACGAUGCGUCGCAUGCACGUGCAACAUUUCAAGAAGACAGCAUCAUAACAAAGCUAUCUUCCUGUUUCUAUCUUUGCAACUCAUCCAAUUUUCACUUACAAUAUUUAUUUAUUAAAUAUUUACAGUGAUAAUCCUUUUACUAACUCAGUUAUCGACAUGUUUCCAACAACGUUCUUUUCAAUUUUAUUCAUAUAUAAAUUAUGGUACUUUAUUUACUGCGCUUUGAAUACAUUAUAUGUUCCAUCUCUCGUCGAAUGAUAUAUUCUACUAUUAGAGUAGAAUGGUAUCCUUCAAAGAGACUAGUGUUAUAGGUCAUUGUUCUCAAUUCGUUCACUUAUCUUUUGCAUAUCCUUUACUCUAUGUGUAUUUUAUUUUUACAGUGU